AUGGCUGCUAGUAGUGCUGCUGAAAAGUACGAUCUUUCUAAAAAAGCCUACGUCCUUGUGCUUCACCAUCAUCAGUACACCCAUUCCUUGGCGGAUCGCAAGGGCAGUACGGUAGAUCUGGAAGUAAUCAAAGACUUCUUUCGUGCCUACCGAACCGAACCUGACGGCCUGGAUAUACACGAGAACCUUUCGCUGCUCAAGGUUCGGUUGCUGAUGGAUGGUAUAUAUCAGAAAGAUUUUAGCGCCUACAGUUGCCUGAUCGUCAUCAUCAUGAGUCACGGCGCAGAGAACGACACCAUUCAGGCGGACAUCUACUACAACAGCAAAAAUGAGCUUGUGAGAGACGUCUACUUUUUGGACGAGGAUGUGGUGGAAAAGGUGGCCAUGAAUCGGACGCUGGACGGCAAACCGAAGAUAUUCAUCGUCAACGCUUGCCGGGGCAAUGACCGGGUGGAGGUAGACUCGGCUGUUAGGAGAGAUAGAUAUAAUAACAGCGAUAUCAUCCGUUUCCAAAGCACCUUCGAAGGUCACGUUUCGUACCGCAAUACGGACACUGGUUCCUUUUUUGUGAAACGGUUUUUUGAGGAGCUUCGGAAGAACGAAAAUCUUGAUAUUUAUGAUCUUAACAGAAAGCUCAACGCAUCACAGACCGGCAAAAAAAAUUACAUACAGAAUCCCACGAUGAGCAAUACUCUGACGAAACGUCUGAUAUUUGCGGAUCUACGGAAGCAGAAUCUACCUGAUUAUGAUUUACUUUCCGAUUAA